GCCAGGCAGCAAUUCGGGGCCUGGUUGCAGAAGGUCGUCGUUUAGCCAAUGUCAUGAUUGGACCUUAUCGCCAGGACCUGCUUGCCAAAUGUGACCGUGUGGACCAGCUGGCUGCUCAGCUUGCUGACCUGGCAGCAAGAGGGGAGGGAGAGUCUCCUCAGGCCAGGGCAAUUGCUGCUCAGCUUCAGGAGUCACUGAAGGAUCUUAAAACACGAAUGCAAGAGGCAAUGACCCAAGAGGUUUCCGAUGUUUUUAGUGACACCACAACUCCUAUUAAACUGCUAGCAGUAGCAGCCACUGCUCCUUCUGAUGCUCCCAAUAGAGAUGAGGUGUUUGAUGAAAGAGCGGCAAACUUUGAAAACCAUGCUGCUAGACUGGGAGCUACAGCAGAAAAAGCAGCUGCAGUUGGGACUGCGAAUAAAACCACUGUGGAGGGCAUUCAAGCAACAGUGAAAUCAGCAAGGGAACUUACCCCACAGGUGGUAUCAGCUGCUCGUAUCCUCCUGAGAAAUCCUGGAAAUCAAGCUGCUUACGAACAUUUUGAAACCAUGAAAAACCAAUGGAUUGAUAAUGUAGAAAAAAUGACAGGGUUGGUGGAUGAAGCCAUCGAUACUAAAUCUUUGUUGGAUGCAUCAGAAGAGGCUAUUAAGAAAGACCUUGAUAAAUGUAAAGUUGCGAUGGCAAAUAUUCAACCUCAGAUGCUGGUAGCUGGUGCCACCAGCAUUGCUAGACGAGCAAACCGCAUCCUACUGGUAGCAAAACGGGAGGUUGAAAAUUCAGAAGACCCUAAAUUCCGUGAGGCUGUUAAAGCAGCCUCUGAUGAGCUAAGCAAAACUAUAUCGCCAAUGGUAAUGGAUGCUAAAGCUGUGGCAGGAAACAUUUCUGAUCCUG